CUCUAAAGCUGAGAGAGAAAGUGGCGUAAAAUGAGUGAAGAAAAAAUGGUUGAUCAGUGGCGUCGACUCACCUGAAAACACAAAUAAAAAGACAAUGGAUUAUAUCGUAAACUAUACGGUAAAUAAUCCUAACAUUCAUUGCGUAAUCCAAGAAAAGGAUGCAAUCAUUGGUCGCCAGUCAAAGGAAAUCGAAGAACUCCAUAAAGCGAACCAACUGUUGGCCAAAGACAACGACCGAUUGCUGGCCGAUCUCGACCUCCAAAAGAAGUUGUGCGAAGCACUCGAAAAGUUUAAAUACAAUCUCGAGAGACAUGUGGCCGCACUCAAGGACUACGAUCUCAAUCGGUGGUCAAUCGGCGAAGUCGAGUCUGAGGUGAGAAUAUGGGAACACGAAUAUCUGAUGGUUAGGAAAAUGUUGGAAAAGAAGGAAAGAGAAGAACAACAGGCACUGCUGAUGGCCAGUACUGUUGCACUCAACGGUUCCGUUGCCAACACAAUCGGAACACAGUCAUCGGUGUCGGCCAACAACAACAACAACGAUACAGCACAUCAGACACCAUCGCACAGACAACACCAACAACAGAGGCGAACAAAUAAGCCGCGACCCGUGGAAGUGGCCGCCGACGGGACACAACUCAAGCGAUAUGUUUGCGAUUUUCCCAACUGUACGUACAGAAGCAAUUGGGCGCACGAUCUCAAAGGUCACAAACGGAAACAUACGGGUGAAAAGCCAUACACUUGCGGUUGGCUUAACUGUAAUAAAUCGUUUCGCGAUUUACGCGAUUUGAAGAGACAUCAGAGAGCUCAUACGGGAGACAAGCGGUACAGUUGCGAUUGGCCGGGAUGUGAGUACCGAUCGACCGAUGUGGCCAAUCUGGCCAAACACAAGCGCACACAUACUGGUGAACGGCCGUAUAAAUGUGAUUGGGCCGGCUGUGAGGCAUCAUUUGCCGACGGAUCACAUCUCAGAAGACAUCAGAAGAAACACGAAAAUCAAAUGACAAAAACGGCCAAAAUAUCGGCCAAAUCACCGAAAAAACAGUCGACAACGUUGUCGAAGAAUGCAAAAACAGGUUUCGUUAAGAUUCGUCAACAGCCCGGCCGUAGAGCUAAAGGUUCGUCUGCGGGAAGAAUACUCGUUGAAGUGACACCCGAUGUACCACAAGAAGUGUCAGCAGUCGAUAAUCAAGUAAUCAACAACAAGUCUGCCGUCAAUAUGUCCAAUGUUAGCACUAAAGUCAGUGUCAUUGAAACAAUCGCAAGUAAUGUUCAUAUCAUGUCCACCACUCAAGAGACCAAUCAAACCAUUAGUCAACAGAUGGACCAAAUGAAUGGUGGAUCAAAUGUGAUGACCACUACUGACGACAACCGGUCGUCGCUAAUGAUUGAUGACAACAACCGAUUGCUAACUGUCAUCGCUAGUCCUGCCGAUGAUGACCACAACGACACCAUUGGACAAUCACAACUACCAUCGAUGACCAAGUAUUCAGAUAUCCAUAGUUUGGAUCAAUGA